AGAUGCCGCUGUAAAGUUAGUCAACAGUCACAAAGUUACUCUGCCCUCUAGGACCGCAGCCAACGAGUACAGCUCCACUUCAGCACCAAUUUAGCAAACGGGAAAUACUCAACAGGCGCAGAAGCUUUUGGAUAAUUGCCGGAUAAUUCCAGUGAAUCCAGUGAUUGAGCAUCGUGUCUGCUGUGCUCAGGACCAGAGCUCACACAAGGCUGCCCACUGUGGUCUGCCCAGAGCCCUAGACACAGACGCCCAGAGACCCGUCCCAGAGACCGGAGAUGACUGCUGCCAUGCCCUGCUGGCUCUCCGCCCUCACCCUCACCCUAAACCUCCUGGUCCUCUCUGCCAGGGAAGGAGCUGCCCUCUUCCUGCCCGACUCCAAUGAGCUGCGGCAACUACUGAGCCGGUACCAGGAUGACCAGAACAGCACCGAUAAAACAGCGGGUAGUAGGACCCGACGGGCCAUCCAGUGGACAGACCGCGGGGAGAUUCUACAACUGCACAACAAACUGAGGGGACAAGUCUACCCCACCGCAUCCAACAUGGAGUACAUGGUCUGGGAUGAUGAGCUGGAGAGGUCAGCCACUCACUGGGCAGAGGCAUGCCAGUGGGAACAUGGACCUAAUGACCUGCUCAUGUCCAUCGGUCAGAACCUCGCUGUUCACUGGGGCAGCUUUUCUCAGAUCUCCAUAGCCACCUAUGACAGGCCCCUUCAAAGGCUGCAGAGCUGCAGGCUGGUCUGGGCCACCACUAGUCGUGUGGGGUGUGCAGUGCACGUGUGUCCCAGGAUGAAUGUGUGGGGGGAGAUCUGGGAGAACGCUGUUUACCUCGUCUGUAACUACUCCCCCAAGGGAAACUGGAUCGGAGAGGCCCCUUACCAACAUGGGCGCUCAUGCUCACAGUGCCCUCCUAGCUACGGAGGAAGCUGCAGGGACAACCUCUGCUUCAAGGGAGACUCUCAGCGUUCUGAGACUGAGGACAUGAACGAGGUGGAGAAAGCUCAGAUUCCCAUGUCACCCCGYACCACCGCCAAGCCUGUCCCCAGACCCAAACCCAAGCCUGCUGCUCCCAACAAGCCCUCCGCUCCCAAGGCUCCCACCACCACUUUCCUGGCCCAAAACAUCAAGUGUGAGACCAAAAUGCGUGACAAGUGCAAGGGAGCAACCUGCAACAGAUUCACCUGCCCUGCUAACUGCCAGAACAAGAAAGGGAAAGUGUGGGGGACGCUCUUCUAUGAUGUGCAAUCAAGUAUCUGUCGUGCUGCUAUGCACUAUGGCAUCAUCAAUAACAAUGGUGGUCUGGUGGACACUACAAGGAAAGACAAGUUGCCAUUCUUUGUCAAGGCAACAAAGAACGGCAUUGAGUCAUUCAGUAAAUACAAAGCCGGCAAUGCAUUUGUGGUGGCCAAAGUGGAAAGACAAUCAGUGGACUGCUAUGCAACAGUGGCGGAGAUCUGCCCCUUCAAGAAGCCCUACUCCAACUGCCCAAGAGUGUUCUGUCCGGCCAACUGCAAGAACGAGCCAUCCUACUGGGCUCCGGUGGUUGGGAACAGCUUCUACACAGAGCGCUCCAGUAUCUGCCGAGCAGCCACCCAUGCCGGGGUGAUCCAAGCCGGUGGGGGCUACGUGGACGUCCUGGCCCUGGAUAAGAAGAAGAGUUAYGUUGGCGUCCUGAAGAACGGCAUCCAGUCAGAGAGUAAGAGCAAUCCAGAGGGUGGCUCGUUCCGUGUUUUUGCUGUGAGGGAGUGAGUCUCCUCCAUCUCAGGUCCUCCCACUCAUUGGUUCAGGGACUAACAGGGUCCCCCAUCUGCUCUCAAGGGGCAGGAAGUGCCCACAGGUUCGAUGCCAUGGCAACUCCUCCCAUCUGUCUCUGUCCCCCACUCUGGGAGGAAGCAGAACUUCCCGUUGGACCAACAGACACUUCUCCCUCUUAGCUAAUAAACAGUAGCUGACUGCUCAAUUCGGUGGCUAACAUCACAAAGAACCCUUCUGUCUUCUCCUACCCUUCUCACCUUUAAACUCCAGAUGUGGAUAUUUUUGUAAGAUACGCAAGCAGUAAAUGCAAAAUGAUGUGUAACAUCAAAUAGAACAUAGAACAGCUGGUGCUGGAUCUCUGCGUCUUGACAUGUAGUUAGGUUUUAAAUCAAAUAUGUCAUAUUUGUUUAUAUUUUAUGUUCUUAAUACAAGUGAAUCAUUGGUCUCCAUGCACAGGAAUGUAUAUUGAUCACUGUAUUUAAUCAUUCUGUACAGAUUUAAUUAAUUAUUUUUUUCCUUCUUAAAUGGGUGUAUAUUGACAGUUUUAUAUGUGUUUAUAAUGUAUUUUGUAGCUUGUCUCUGCUUUCCUAACCCAUUUAUGCUUUCAUUGGGGUCUUUACCUUUGGCGGAUAGGCCAUGGUGCUUGAGGUAGGAGAGUGUUUGGCAUGCUGGACGAGCUCACAGUGGACAGACAAACAGGUAGACAGAGACAGACAGACUUAGGGGUUGCGUAGGAAGGGAAGGGGAAUGAGGAGGAGGGGAAGGCAUACAUCCAAGGAAAAUAAACCUUUCCUGAAUACAGCUUGUACUUGUUCCAGUGUCAAUAAUGUUCAGACGAUCUGGUAAAGGUACAAAAACAUUGUAGCAAUAUUCUGUCCACUGUGAGCUCAGGAAGGCAAUGGGAGCUUGUGUGGGCAGGGCUUUCAAAAUGGUGGCAUAUCUGGCUUCAUCUGAGGACAUUCACAGAUGAACGAUGUUCUUGUUUGAAAAAUGAUUCUGUAUUUAUAAUAGCUCACUGCUUUAUUCCCCCUUUCCUCUCUUGAUGCCAUGUGUUUUGAUUGAAUAAGAGAAAUAAUGUACGAUAGGUUGAAUUUGUCCCCACUUAAGACAGUUGAAUGUUGUAGGUUUUGUAGAAAGAGGGUCUUAUACAGUCCAAUGUGAGAAAGGUGUGCCAAGUGUUCCUAUCAGCAGGCUUAGCUUCAGUUAGGAUUCAUGACUAGGUAAUGAUUUGUAAAAUACACAAGAGGAUGCAGAAUAUGGAUCUGUUUAAACCACUCAUACCCAGGGAUGUAAUAAAUAGUUACUUAUCCAGAAGGAAGGCACACAGAGGCAGAGGCAGGCUUCAGUUGGAGAAUAUCCUCUUAACUGCUGAGGAUUUGUCGUGAGAGGAGAGUAAAUCUAUGUAAGUUGAUGCUGGAGGUUUUGGGUCUCCUAAAGAAGGACAUUAGGUAUCCUCUAUCUAUCCCUAGGCUAGACUGAACAGCAGUGCAGCCAUUCUCUUUUUGUUUUAGUUUUCAUCUUUCUACUUUUUUUUUAGGCUACCUCAGUCUUGUUGCUGCGCUAGGUUUAUAGUACAUUGGAAAUCUUAAGGGAAAUGUUAAUGGUUUGUACAGCUUUGGAAAUGGAGUGUAAAUACUUUGAUUUGUCUUUUCUGAACUGUUCUCUAUGCUGUAAAGGUAUCUUUCUAAAUAUAUGUGGUGUGUUAUUUUGUUUGUUUGUCUAGUUUGUAUGGUGUUUAUAGGCAUUGGAUGGGUUUUGUAUUUUUUUGGCACAAUUUGAAAAUAAUUAAAGUUUGAAAUAGUUAGAA